AUGUCAACGACGGGUGAAGUGAUACCAAUGCCGGUGCCGUCGAGUUUCAACGAUAUCACCCAAAACCGAUUCAUCCGAGACUACGCGGGUUGGGUCUGGUAUGACCGGGACUUUUUCGUGCCCUCCCGUUGGGAACACCGCUCACUAACCCUACGGUUCGGUAGCGCUCACUACGAGUCCAUAGUAUACGUGAACGGAGUGGAAGUCGUGCGACAUAUCGGCGGACACUUACCCUUUCAGGCGUACGUAACCAAACAUUUGAAAUACGGGGCCAAUAACCGGAUCACUGUUGCCCUGAAUAACAUACUGUCCGACACUACUAUACCUCAGGGAGGGGUCAGAUAUAAGACAGAUCUCACAAAAUACCCAAAAGGCUUCUACGAGACCACAACUAACUUUGAUUUUUUCAAUUACGCGGGUAUUCACCGACACGUCUCGCUAUACGCCCUCCCCGUCGACCACAUCGACGACAUCGCUGUCACCACUGAUAUCAAGGACACCACGACUGGUGUCAUAAACUAUGAGAUCAGUCACAGCGAGAAGACAUCGGCGGCUGAAUGUGUUGUGGAAGUGAUGGACAAAAGCGGCAAAAAAGUGGCCGAAACUAAAGGUUAUUCGGGUUCUAUAACAAUACCAAACGCCAAGUUGUGGUGGCCCUACACCACGAACCCAAACCCCGGAUAUCUUUAUACAUUACGGGUGUCUCUCGUGGCCAGCGGUAAGACAUCGGACGUCUACUACGAAAGGGUCGGUAUCCGUACCGUUAAGGCCACUGAUAAGCAGUUACUUAUCAACGGAAAGGCCGUAUAUCUGACCGGUUUUGGUAAACACGAAGACGCGAACAUCAGAGGCAAGGGUCUGGACCUGCCCAUACUGGCCAAAGACUUUAACCUGAUCAAAUGGAUCGGCGCCAACUCAUUCCGCACUUCACACUACCCCUACUCGGAAGAGCUGAUGGAUAUGGCCGACGAAGCGGGCAUUAUGGUAGUCGACGAGUGCCCGGCGGUAGGCCUGGGCGGUUGGUCAGCCCCUCUAUUGGCCCAACACAAGCAGACCAUCACCGAAAUGAUUGCUCGCGAUAAAAACCACGCAUCGGUGGUAAUGUGGUCGGUGGCCAACGAGCCGGGAACCGACAAAGUCAAGUCGCCUCCCUAUUGGGCAGAGAUUCAUAAGCAUAUCAAAGCGCUGGACACCUCCCGGCCCAUCACCGCCGCCAUCGCCGGCGGCUAUCGCGAGGAUCUGGUGUCGGCUAUUCUAGACGUACUGAUGAUCAACCGGUACUGGGGUUGGUAUCAGGACACCGGUUACCCGCAGGCCAUCGAGAAACAACUGGUCAACGAUCUGUCCAAAUGGUGGGACACCCAUAAGAAACCCAUUAUGGUCUCCGAGUACGGCUCGGACACUGUGGCCGGUCUGCACACGGACCCGCCGUUUGUCUGGUCAGAAGACUAUCAGUCGGAAAUAUUUGGCCAGUUUUUUAAAGCGUUUGACACAUUGAAGGCCAAAGGCUUCUUCGCCGGCGAACACGUCUGGAAUUUUGCCGAUUUUAUGACCGGAGAGUUCAUUACUCUAUGCAAGUUUCGGCAUUUUCAAGGCUAG